AUGGCCUCCAUAACCCACAUUAGCCAGUACGCCCAGUAUAAACAAGACACCAACGACGUCGCCGCAUGGCUGCUGACCACACACCCGGAGUUCAAGCCUAAAGGGCCCGGCCGACUGAAAGGCAAGGCGCGCAAGGCCGCACAGGCCGCCGACGCACGGCCACGGGCAACGGAGUACACGCUGACACUGGACCAGUUCACGCAGUGGGCGAAGGCGAUAGUGAGUGCCGGGAUAAUCAAGCAGGUGCCACCGAUGGUCAUGAUCAAGCUCCGGCGGUCGAUUGUGCGGCGGCGGUACCAGCGGCGGUUCUACGAGCAUAGUGAAGACGCCAGCUCGAACGCAAGCCACGAGCAUUUCAUCAGCGUUCUGGAACAAGUAGAGCAGAUCCUCAGGCCGAUUACUCCGAAGGAGGUCCUUGGCAAAGAUGCGGGAAGUGAUGAGGAGGAACUCAUCGAAGCGCUGGGGAACCGGUUCCAGGGCUUGGAGGUUCAAGAGGCUGCGGACGAGGCUCCAGGCAGCACAGCAGCCACUUCGCCACCAAUCGCAGUGAGCUGCAAGGUUGCGGAGGACGCGGCUAAUACCCCUAACCCCCUCUACGCGGUCGGGAUGCUUCUGGAUGACAUGUGCCUGAUGAUGCGAUAUGUGCGGGACUCGUGGCAGGCGUACCGGGACGGCCGCAAUUCGCUCGAGACCGCGGCUCUGAUUUCCGAUAUGACGUUCCACCUCAUCAUGAAGUUGGCGGACGAGCUUCAAGAAGAGGGCGUCUUCGAGCGAGUUUCAGGCGGGUGGCCGAAAGCAUUUCACGAUCUCUGGGUUGUGUGCCAGAAGGCGCUGGAGAAAGGGGUCCGGGAUGGAGGAGCUGCUACCGGUGAUGCAGGUAUCAAGAGCCACCAUCGCCUUAUCCUGGAUAUUACGUACCUAUUGGCGUUGAUCCCCGCCACUCUCGAAUUGAAGCAGGACUUGGAUGUCUCCGGCCUUGUGCGCGACAAUGUGUCGGCGUGUGACUGGACCACAGAUCAUAGGCGCCGGCUCCAGCGCUUGGUGCUCGAGGAGGCUAUCGUAGAGCUCCGACUGUUCGACCUCACCACUACACUGGGACUCCCGAGACCGGACUGCUUUACGCGAACGCUGCGCGACGCGAUGUACACCCGGAAGCUCUCACUGGAACUGCUCUUUGGGGUCUGUAUCUUCCUGGAGGCGCGCUUGACAUUGGGCCCGGAGGUCGAUAGGCCUAGCUCUCAGCUUCUCAGUUUCAUCGAGGUGACUCAGCCGCAGAUCGUCCAGACCCUAGAAUGCCACGGCGAAAUCCCCAGCGCUCAUCAGGACAUGGCGGAUACUGUUAGUAGUUGGCUUGAUAUCACGGACAAGAUCGUCGGCGUCGACAAGGUCUACCAAGCCCGAAGGACCAGGGGGGUAUUGGCUCGCCGACUUGCAUUGUUCGCUUGCCAGCCUAUGCUUUGCGGCGUGCUCUUGUCCUACUGUAAGUUCAGUACCUACCAGAUGGGUGUGUCGUGGGCUAAUAAUCUCGAUGCUGUGGUCGCAGUGUGCCACCUAUACAACGCGGCGCAGCAGGAGAAUGCGCUGCCGGACGGGUGGUCGUGGCCGAGCGUGGAGGGCCUGCUGAACACUUAUCCUUCGAUGUUUCUUGGGCAGAAGCGGCCGACAUACUGGGGUGACUAUGUGCGGUCCUUGACCAAGGCCCUCGGGAUUUUUCACGGCCAGCGAAAGUCGAGGUUGCCCUGGCAGUUCCCACCGCAGGCCGCCACGAUCCAGAAGUUGCAGUUGUGUGGAUUCGACCGCACCAACGACUGGACUGUGGACGACAUCAUGCGCGUCUUGCGAGAGUCUCAGGUGUGCCAGACGGUCAUGAGACCCACUGCGAAGGGUGCCGCCGAGCCCAAGCUUCGGGUCGUCGACGCCUUGGAGCUUCUGGGCAAGUGCAUUCAUGCUGAAGUCGCGGAGAUAGUCACUGUUUCGUGGUUUCAAUUACACACCAUUUGCUGGAGGAUUCUCACCACAAUUCGCUCCGAGCUGGAGGAACUGCGCCAAGCCUUUGACUCGGCCUACAAGGAGAUCAAUAUCUGCGUAAUCAUCGUUCUGCUCUUCCUACAGCCGAAGCGUCGGGAGUUACUCCAUGAAGCGGUUCGGAUCAUGCAAACUGUUCUUUCUGCCGCCGAUGCCGAGCACUGCAGGAGCUCCGGGGAAAAGAACCAAACAGCAUAG